AUGAACCUGUUCAGGAGUCUGGGAUCGUCAGUAAGGCGAAUCCCGGUUUUCUCUGGACUUCACAAUGUUCGUCAUUUUAGUUCACACUUUCCAAAGAUGCAAAUGGAGGCCAAAACGCAUGUCACGCCAGUAACAGCUCAAAUGCUUAAAAUUAUACCCAAUGACACAGAUCUAGUGACCCUCGAGAAACAAGAUGCCUUAAUCAAGAGAAGGCGGAAACUUUCCAAGGAAAUCACCAAAAUGAAGAAGAUGAAACCGGUUUCUCCAGGUCUAAGAUGGUACCGGGCUCCCAUCUACACCUAUCUGCAUAAAGGACGCCCAGUGCGGUCGUUGACAGUGGCAAAGCGGGCAAACGGUGGUAGAAAUCAUACCGGUAGGAUUACAGUGCGCCAUCGCGGUGGUGGACAUAAACGUAGAAUUCGGUUGGUCGAUUUCACACGUUUCACCCCCGGUGAGCAAACUGUGCAAAGAAUUGAGUACGACCCGGGCAGAUCGGCCCAUAUCGCCCUUCUCAAGCACUCUGAAUCUGGAGAAAUCAGUUACGUUUUGGCUUGUGACGGGCUCAGAGCAGGGGAUACGGUCGAAUCUUAUAGAAGAGGUGUUCCAGAAAAUCUACUGCAAGAGAUGGGUGGUAAAAUUGAUCCCGCUAUUCUCAGUGUACGUACGGCGCAAAGAGGUAACUGUCUUCCGGUAUCCAUGAUCCCGGUAGGUGCUAUAGUCCACAACGUUGGCAUUACACCCGUGGGUCCUGGUAAGUUUUGCCGUGCCGCCGGUACUUACGCCCGUGUCAUUGCUAAGCUGCCAGAGAAGAAGAAGGCCAUUAUCCGUCUGCAAAGUGGAGAACAACGUUAUGUCUCUUUAGAGGCGUGCGCUACUCUUGGUGUGGUCUCUAACAUUGACCAUCAAAAUCUUUCACUAGGUAAGGCUGGUAGAUCCAGAUGGAGAGGUAUCAGGCCAACCGUUAGAGGUGUCGCUAUGAAUAAAUGCGAUCAUCCUCACGGUGGUGGUAGAGGUAAAUCUAAGUCCAAGAAACUAUCGGUCUCUCCAUGGGGUCAAUUGGCCAAGGGAUACAAGACCAGGCGAGGCAAGAAUCAAAACAGAAUGAAGGUUAAGGACAGACCUAGGGGCAAGUCUGGUAAGGCCAUGAGACAAUAG